GGGGCCGAUCACUUGAGCAUGCAUGUUGCAGUUAUCUACAACACACAUGUUGUAGGUAACUAAAAAUCUAUUUUAGGAAAAUCUUGUGAGACGCUUCGUAGUAGCACUAACAGAACUUCAGAAUAUUACUGGAACGCAAUCGACUAUUUUCGUUUGCAAAACCAAAAGAUAAUCAGCCCUCACCUGCGAACUGCAAGAUCUGAAUAGUGAGGUAGAAAGAAGCUCAAACUCGCUUUCUGUAAAAGCCGGCUUCCUUCUCUCGGAAACCCUAGCCACGCUUUUAACGUUGUCAAAGGUUUUGCGUGCCAUAGCUAAAUUAUUUUAAAUGAGAUCGUGGGGAUACUUUUGCAUUAGGUAGAAUCUGGUCAUCAAGAACUUUGGAAUAAAGAUACAGAAUGGAUUGAAAAAAGUUAAUAACUGAAGGUUAUUGGCUGGUCUAUAAAAGGCAAUAUAUAUUACAAAAGGAGCCAGUGGAUGGGCUCCCCAAAAGUGCCUAGCUGAGAUUUUUGUACUUUCUUGUUAAGACAUACACCUCCAGUUUAAAGGGUUUACGCCGCUUUGAAUCUUCUCGUGAACCUCUAGCAUCCGGUACAGGGGAGACCAUGAAGCCGUCGUAGCUUUGGAUCUGCAGUGGAUUUGUAAGGAGACGUUGCUAGUAUCAAAACCGCAAACUGCACUGAACCUACAUACCAGAGGCGCGCUGUCACCACUCCUGGGCUGCUCUUUGUUGGAUUUCUGAUCACUACAUCCAAGUGCUGCUGCCUAGUGCCCAGAAAUAAUUUUGGGGGGAUUUUCUGCUCUAUACUUCUUGAAGCAAGCGGGUUCAAUUCCCACAGCCCACCAGCUUCAGCACCAGCACCUUUUCCGUCCUCAUCAUGAACAUUUGUGUGGUGGCCUUUGAAUUGGUGCUGACGGGGCUUUUCAUUUUCUGUGCUAACGUAUCCAUGACUGCUCACAUCCCCGAAGAUACAGAGAAAAAACAAGAAGUUAUUGGCUUUGUGGAAGUGUACGCGCGAAGCUACUGUCGAUCGAUAGAAAUGAUGGUUGACAUCUUUCAAGAAUACCCAGAAGAAGUGGAAUACAUCUUUAGGCCAUCUUGUGUGCCGUUGAUGAGAUGUGCAGGCUGCUGCAGUGAUGAAAGUUUAGAGUGCAUUCCAUUGGUUACAUAUAAUGUAACAAUGGAGAUAAUGAGACUUAAGCCUCAUCAUGGGGGACACAAAGUGCUAAUGAGCUUCUCUCAACACAAAAACUGUACAUGCAGCCCUUCACUUUCAUUUUUUUAUAGGCCGAAGGAAGUAGCUACAGUUAAACCUGAAAAUCCCUGUGAGCCUUGCUCAGAGAGGAGAAAACGCUUCUUUGUACAGGACCCGCUGACCUGUAAAUGUUCCUGCAAACACUCACACUCGCACUGCAAGUUGAAGCAGCUUGAGUUAAACGAACGCACUUGCAGAUGUGAGAAGCCUAGAUGAUAAAUGGACAUGAAAAAGGGAUUGUUUGCCAGUCAAGGGAGACACAUUGGUGUGUUUCUGUUUUGAAUUUUUAAUUUUAACUUUCCCAGUUCAAAUGGUGAAGAAGAUGAAGGAGUGACAGAGCACAGCACUUUUGUUCCUGGCGGUUUGAAUUCUGGAGCAUUCCCUGGAUGAACUUAACAUGGAUAUUUUUUAUGGAAAGAGGACCCUUUACAUUUCACAAUCUUUAGAAAUGAUCAUCGUUGCAUAAGGGGUGGGUGGAGGGGGACUUUCGGUUAUUUUUAAAAUAAUUGCUGCUAUAUGCAACAGAGAGACUCUCUGAAACUGUAUUUCCUGGGGUACCCAGGCACAUGAUCCUCAUAAGAAGCAUUAUUCCUUCACUGAAUACAGCUGAUGGAUUUUUUCUUGCUUGGAAUUAUGCAGUCCAUCCGAAAUGUUCAGAGGAGCCACAUUACUUGUAAGUCGGACUGUUGAUGCCUUUGGUAUCUGUGGCUAUACUGGAUAAACAUAUUGAUGUUUAGACAUGCACAGACACAUCUGCUCCCCUUCCUGUGAAGUGUGGAAAAGACAGAUUGCAGAGUUUGGACUUUGAGGAGGGGAAGUGUUCUUGUGUGAAAUUUCCCAAAGCAAAGGGUGGCACUGUUUUAUUGUUUGAUAUUUCUGUACUCCACCCUAUUGGACCCUCUGCUGCAGGAUGUCAGCAUCUGCUUGAGACAUAAUACUAUAUCCAAACCACUAGGAAAAUAAACAGACCUAUAUUAUAAAUGAAUGUCAGAUGUGAAAAUGAAUGUCCCAUGGUGUUUUGACAUCUAGUGCCUUUUGGUUCAGUUCUUCAGCCUUAUACAACAAACCUGUUUAUUCCCUCCUUCUUCCUCUGUGACCCGUAACAGCAAUAACAUCAUCAAGACACAGUGGAGCUUUGCAUAUUGAUGUGUGUAGUCAGUCCUUUGGAUUAACAGCAAACAAUUUUCUCAAGUUGAUUCAGAAUAUUACUUGUACAUGGAUGAUAUUAAAUAUCUGUAUAUACAGAGCUACAUAUCUAACACACUCUACCACAUCUGUUAUACUGCCAGUUUGUGUCACUUCAUGCAGGAAAAUCACAUGAUAGCUCUUAGAAGUUGGGUUAGUUUGUUAAGCCUGGGACAGAGCAUAUUUAUGCUAGUAAAGAACUGCACUGCUACUAGAUUUUCAGCUAAACAAAAAUUUCCAUUACCUAGUAAUAUGGGGGAGGGGGUGUAAACAUGACUUUUAAACUACAGAAGGAAAAACAAACAGGAUUCCUGAAAGAUUUCCUGCUUGAAUUCUUCAAAAUCUGUCAGAUACUGUCAGUUUCUUUUAUUCAGUGUAGACGGACAGAAGUCAUGAUCUGAAUCCCUUGGUCACUGCUCUUUCUAGAUAUUCUUGGGCAAAGUGAAACUUGCUUCAUCAGUAAGAUUUUAUGCUUGUUGGAACAUGGGAUUAGUAAGAGACUACUACUCUACACAUUGGACUGAGACAUAACUGCUAAUGAAACAGCUGUUUUAUAACAGUGAGUGCCUUGUAAUGCAGCUGCAGAUUCUGUCCUGUUUUUUUUUUUAAAUAUUCUGUUGUGCUGCAGUUGCUGAAUAUAUCUGAUUGCAACCUUCCCCAUUUAGUAGGGGCACUGAGUGCAUUCCUUAUUUGGAUAGUCUUAGGAAUAAGAUAAAACAGUAUAGCUCUUACCUUGUUCAGCACCAUGUUAGACAAGCACUUUUGCCUUAUUAAAAAUUGAUUUAAUUUUAUGUAUAUGGGCCUCAACUUCUGUUACUUGCAGAUGCACAUAUAUACAUACACUCAAGUCCUUCUGAAUUUUCCGGAAACUAAUGUAGUCAGCCAUUUAUUUGCUGUAGCUGUUAAAAGCAUUAAAUGCUGUUUUAGACCAAAAAAAAAAAUCUGCAGUAAAUAGCUGGAAGUUAUUUUGUUUAAAAAGAACAAACAUUUUAAGGCCAUUUCAUUCAGUUUGAUAAUUGCAAACUAAAGAGGGGAGAUGGAUACUUGAAUGUUUACAGGUGAAUUUUUAGAGAUGUGUGAAAUGGCUUUCCCUAUAGAAAGUGUGAGACUUAACAGUAUGUUAUGUGUAUCAAUAGGGUUGAGGUGAAUAUGUUAUUGAAUGAGGGCUAAUGGCAGAAUAGUAACGGAGCCUUUGGUGUGCUGACCUAAAAAAAAACAAAACUGUUACAUAAUUGAUGGGAGAAUAAAGGAGAAUGGACAGGAAUUAAAAUAUGAAACUUAGGUGGUGCUGUGAAAGUGGAAAUCAGCCCACUUUGCAUCUUACUGUAUUUGACAGUAUUUAGAGAGGCUGCUACUGUUCAUUAUAGAACGACCCUUAGACAGGCACUUUGUAGUUACCUUCCCCCAAGGAGGAAUGUUUGUAGUGGUUUGACACCUUGCAUAGCUGUAAGAGACUUUUGCACUUGUUAUGGCAUUAGGAUUACCUACAUUUAUUCAGAUUAAUAACUUGUUUUCCCAAAUAGUUCUGUAUGAAAGCAGACAGACAAUGACAAAUGGUGUUGCGACUUCCCCAUUGCUUGCUAUGGGGCAUGGCCAAUUCUGGAAGGCUUUCACCUUUACUUGGUUGUGCAGCAAUUUUUUUACAGUUCAGAAUUAGAAACUGUUAUUGUCUUACCCUUGUGAGGUUUUUGUACUUGAAGUAGUAUAGAUUUCAUUUUGACCAAAUUUUCAUUGCAUUUAAUUCACAGUUGCUUUCAGCUUGUAUCAGUUAGAUUAUGGUUAUUUAUUUAUUGGUUGUUCAGUUUGUUGUCAUAUUUAUUAAAUACAGCUUUGAAAUAUGGAAGGCUGAUGUGGUUGAUCUUUAAUGUCGGUGAAAAAUGUUUUGUACAUUCAUAACAGGGAAAUCAUCUUCCCAUUUGCUUAAACCAUGGCUCUGUAUAUACGGAUAUAAUAUAAUAUCUCCUAUUUCUAAAAGUUAGAAUUUAUAAAUUAAAAUUAGAAUGUUCAGUGUUCAUUGUAUAUUCUGUGUUGCUAUUUAAAUUCAGUUAAUUUAUGAUCAGUAUGAACUACCUGCAUUUUCCAUUCUUUGUUACUGGUUUUGUUACAGUUUCCUUAUCAUUUAUGACUCCUGACCUUCCUCGUCCUUUUUACUUAAGUUUUCAUGGUUAUCAGACACAUCACUACAUCUAUAACUGCAUUUCAGCUGUCCUAACCCCUACACAUUCCUAUAAACUUGCUUUCAAGAAAUCUUGUUGCCAGCACUACAUUUCCAUUUAAGAGCUCUAAAUAUUCUAAAACUAUAACAUGCAGGUAGGACCAUCAAUUCUGCAUUUUUUUUUUUAUUUUUAAAAAAAAUCUCCAAGUUAAGUAUAUCUUUUGUAGUAUAUGUUGUUAUUUAUUGGUGCUACCAUACUGAAAGAAAGAAGUUUAAUAUUAACAACACUAUUUGAAUUUGUUAGUUUCUUUUAUUAAAAUAUUCUGUAGUCAACUGUAUUUAUUUUAAAGAGCGGUAAUAUCUUGAAUUCAUUUUGUAUUAAAGACUUUAAGAUCCACA